AUGGAGAAAACGAAAUCAUCCCUUCAUGCUCACGCUAACGGAGGUCUCACCACUGUUCUUUCUAUUGAUGGAGGUGGAAUAAGAGGGAUUAUUCCAAGAGUUAUGCUUGCAUUCCUAGAGUCUAAGCUUCAGUGGUCACUUUUAUCGAAUGAGUCUGUUAAUUUAUUAGUGGUCACUUUUAUUAGAGACAAUGAUGAAGAAGGCAAGAUUUUCACACAACUAUCCGGAUCCCCUGGGCUAUCAAUGAGAAGCAGAAAAGCAGUUGGAAUUGGAGUCCAAACGUGGCGAUGGUUUCAUUGCAAGAUGAGCAGAUUCUGUCUCAUUGAAUUUGUGAACAACUCUGUCCAGGUACCUAUAGAAGGAGUUAUCGAUGCUUCUUAUAGGUGA